AUGCAGAAGCACUGCAACAACGCACACCAGACGGCUUGGAGCAGUAAAGACGUUGCACUCUGCGAGAAGGUUAAGGCGCAAACGUUCUUCCGAACCGGCGGGCUCCAGCGAUACUUUGUUGUUAAGGUAGCAGACAACAGUCGCGCACCGUCCAACCCGCACGAGACAACAGACGUCGUUAGGGGGCGGUUAGUAGGAUGGAAGCUAACAAAAUAUGCACACGAAGAGAAGGCGCAGGUUAUAGACGCUGACGUCGCAAAGACAGAUAAAACUGGCUGGUUCAAGCGGACAGGCUGGCUAGAGCACUUUGCCGACCGCAAUCUGAUGCAUCUUGCGCAUCAGACCCGGCUGCCCGAUCAAGGCGAGGAGAAGCUGCGGCGGGCAGCGAAGCUAACCGAGCUGCUGGUGGGGAGAAGCGUCAAGGGGCUGUCGACGCUUGCGCGAGAGACGAGGCGGUGGCUGAGGAGCGCGAAGCGGCAGGAGAUCGAUCAGCGGCCCAUAGCUCGAUUGCAGAACCCGGAGAGUCAGGCUCGCUACGCUGGCUAUAUGGUCAAAUUCGUCUGCUAUGCUCUGCGCUUCGUAGCUGACGCAGAGGCAAGGGUGGCGGCGCAGGAAGGCGGCGAUGAAUGCAGCGACGAAGAUAAUGAUAAGGGCGACGAGGAUGGCUUGGAAGAAGAGGAAGAGGAAGAGAACGACGAUGACUUCUCUGAUGCUGAUGGCAGCCAACCGGCGAACGUUCCGAGCAGCGGCCAAAGAGAGAAGGACUUGAUGAAAGACGCGCGAGAGCUGUUCCGCUGGACAGUCGAGCAGAAGGAGCUUGUAGUAACACUGUGGGAGGUGCUAGAUCGCGAUGCUGACGCUAAGGACGAAGCGCAGCGCAGCGCUCAGCGCGACGCUCAGCUUAAAGUGCUGCUAAACUUGCUCACAUCCUUCUUCUUCACGACAACGGGUGACAAGCCAUUUAGCAGCGGGCUCAUUCACUUUCUUGCUGUGCUAGGCAUCAACAGCGACACGAACCGCUUGCGCACGGCGAAGAACUACUCGUACAUGCUAGCAGGAGUAGUCUACUGCAUGCGCGUGCUUAGCGUGGAGAAGUUGCUCCCGUCCGCGUGCCGCGAUGAGCAGACCGACGAGGACCGUGAGCGCUUCCUAGAGCACAGAGAGAAGUAUCUGUCGGACGGCUCGUACAGCCCAAUGAGCGAGGCGCUCAGCUUGCUGGCUUACGGCAAGUACGUCGCGCUAGCGGCCGGCAAUUCAGGCAAUGCGUACUGGUCAAAGGACAAGAAGAUCUUCUACUUGCACGGCCGGCGGAUCUACAUCAGCCGGUUCUGCAAGAUGGCGCAGGAUAUGGUUUCUGAAGCAGAGCAGAUGCUGUGGGAGGAACUGUUCUGGGUGACGAGGGCGGAAGAGCGGUUUGCCGUCAAGCUAGACAUUCUUGUCGACGACGUUACGUUUGAACGGCGGGGCGUGUCUUUUGUGCAGCACCGUGAUAACGGUCUUAAGGACAAGCUAGCGUGGAUGCUAACGCAGGCUGAGCAGACUGAGCAGGGCCGCAGACUGCAGUCGAGCGAAGGGCAGUGGAACGUGAAGCAGGUCAAGCGAUACUUGCGUUGCGUGGACCGCUUCCUGAUGCUGCUGAUGGUCUGCGUGCACAUGACGUCCGGACAGCCGGGCAGAGGGUCGGAGAUCACGACGAUGCGGCACCGCAAUGGGCUGCUGCAAGACCGCAACCUCUUCGUUAUGGACGGGCAGGUGAUGACGGUUGUCCGCUAUCAUAAGUCGCAGUCGCAGUGGGAUAAGCCGAAGGUGGUGCCGCGCUUCUUGCCGCCGCGGCUGGGGCAGGUGAUGGUGCUGUACUUGGCGUACUUGCAGCCGUUCCGUGAGUAUCUUACCGUGCAGGUGCUCGGCGGCAGCUUCAGCGACUACGUAUGGGCGGACGAGCAGGGCCCGUGGGGGACCGAUCGACUGACGCGAGCGCUGAAGCGAGAGACCGGCAAGAGGCUAGGCGUGCCGCUGCACACGCUCGACUACCGGCACGCGGCUGUCGGCAUUGGUCGAGUUGUCGUAGGCGAGCGGUUUAGCAAGGGUUAUCAAGACGAGGUUGGCGAGGUGGACGAGGCUGAGGUAGACGAGGAUGGGGAGGACGUGAUGGAGCUGCAGAACGCAAGGACAACGGUGAUUGGAGUAGGCAACUACAGCGUGCCAAUAGAUAUUGUCAAGCAUCUUAGCGUGCGCUCGAUCGAAGCGUUCCGGCCGCUCAGCGCAAUGUGGCACCGCUUCUUAGGGCUGGAUGGGAAGCAGGCAGCGCCGCAGGAGACUUGGACGGGCAACAUCGAUGUGAUCAGGAGGGCGAGGAAACGGGGGCGCAGUGGUGUCGACAGCGAUGGCAAUAACGGGGAUAAGGACGGUCAGGGCAGGGAAGCCGCGUUGCUGCAUAGAGGCAAGAAGGAGAAGGCAGUGUACAAGGCAAUGCAGCAGGUGCUCGGUCAGCAGGACGUUGGGUUUCGAUCCGCAGAGCAAGAGCUGGCGCUGCACGCAGUGAUUGAUGGGCAGACGCCGCUUGUCGUUGUUCUGCCGACUGGUGGAGGCAAGAGCUUGCUGUUUAGCGUGCCGGCUUGCAUGGACGACGCUGGGGUGACGGUGGUCGUGGUGCCGUACCGAGCGCUCAUUGAGGAUGUAGUAGACCGGAUGCAGAAGUGCGGCAUCGACUGCAUGGAGUGGAAGCACGGCGAGAGCAGCCCGGCGGCUGUUGUCGUGGUCAGCGCAGACGCCGCUGGGGACACUACAAGCAACGGCAACUUCUUAGGUCAUCACAUCGAGCGACUGGCGGCCGAAGCUGGCACUGUUAAAGAAUCUGCGGCUGCUGCCGUGUCCGAUUGUGCUGCUCACAGCAACGCUCCCGCCGGUGAGGGAGGGCGAGCUGGCAACAAGCAUGCUGCUUCCGUGCGCAACCUACAUCCGGGCGAGCACAGUCCGGCCGAACACGCAGUACUAUGUGUCGUGGUGCGAGCGCGGCAAGGCACAGGAGACAGCGCUAGCCAUGUGUCGAAGACAGCAGCAGCUACUGCUCCACAGAGGAGAGAAGGGCGUAGUGUACUGUCGCAGCAAGCAGCAGUGCGAAGAGCUGGCCGAGGCGCUCGGGUGCGGGUGCUAUCACGCUAG